AGGAGACACUUUCAGUGACCUCUACAACAGACUAUUUCCGGGUCAUCGAGGGGGCCUGACCAGGGCGGUCGGGUCACAAAACAAGAAGAGGCGUUUAUUUGUGACAUUUCGUGGAAUUCAAGACCAAAAUUGCAAUGUCAGCAAAACGGAGAAGGAGUAAGAAGGAUGAAAUCGUUGAGACAUCAACCAAGGAUAAAGAAACCGAAACGGAGAAAUGGCCUGUUGAGAAACGCUUCAUGUGUGAGGUAUGCAGCAGGCAGUUCAUCCAACUGGGCGACCUCAAGGGCCACCUGCGCACCCACACAGGUGAGAAACCCUACAGGUGUGAGGACUGCGGCAGGGCGUUCAGCCUGAAGUGCGCCCUGACGGUCCACAUGCGCACUCACUCUGGGGAGAAACCCUUCAUGUGUAGCCAGUGUGGCAAGCAGUUCAGUGAGCGGGGCAACCUCAAGGGCCACCUGCGGACUCACACAGGUGAGAAACCCUACAAGUGUGAGGAGUGCGGCAAGCAGUUCAGUCAGCUGAGUAACCUGAAGCGACACAAACGGACCCACACAGGGGAGAGACCGCACAAGUGUGAGAUUUGUGGGAAGCAGUUUGGUCAGAAGAGCAUCCUGAACAUUCAUAAACACACUCACAGCAAUGAGAAACCCUUCCAUUGUAACCUGUGCGACAAGGAGUUUGGUCACAUAGACAAUCUUAAGAAGCACAUGAAAACUCAUACUGGGGAGAAACCUCACAGUUGUGACGAGUGCAACAUGCGGUUUAUUCGCCUGUCAAAUCUAAAGAGACACAUACUGACUCACACAGGGGAGAAACCCUACGUGUGUGUGACAUGUGGCAAACAGUUCAGGCAACAGGGAGAACUGAAGACACACAGGAGUACUCACACUGAUGAAAUAGCCUGUAUAUAA